CCGCUUGUUGCCAGCACAUGCCACUAUGUACCUCGAGACGUACUAUUCUCCUGGAGGAAGUUUGAAUACUGUAUAAUAGACGAAGCAUCCAUGGUGCUGGAGCCGGUUGUCAUAUCCGCUAUUGUCGCUGCCAGUCGUUUUGUUCUUGUUGGAGAUGCUCACCAACUGUCACCUCUUGUUCAAAAUCGAAAGUGCUCAGACGAAGGAAUGUCCGUGUCAUUAUUCGAGCGUCUCCAAGUACACAAAGAGGCUAUGCAUUCCCUUGAAUGCCAGUAUAGAAUGAAUAGCCCAAUCGCUAGUCUUAGUAGCAGUUUAUUCUACGAAAAUCGUCUCAGGUGUGCCAAUGAUAACGUCGCUAACGCAUGCCUGUCAAAUUCGGCAGAUUUUAUGCCCUUGCCGAGUAGGGACGAGUCAUGGAGGAUCAUUGAAAGCGGCGAGUUAGAUGAUGCUGUGGUUUUUGUGGACACUUGUGCAAAAACGAGGAAGGAGUUCGCUGCCUCAAGCUCCGACAACCGGUUGAUACAAAACUUCGGUGAAGCGCGACUAGUCCGCGAUAUCGUCUUACGGUUUAUUGAGAAUGGUGUUCGAGCAGAAGACAUCGGCGUUAUGUGCGUUUACCGAAAACAGGUUGACGUUAUUAAAUCAAUUCUAGGUGAUGAUAUUAAGAUCGAGGUGAACUCAGUAGACCAGUUCCAAGGACGCGAUAAAAGGGUGAUAGUGUGGUCUUUGGUGUGGACAGAAGAUUCUGGGAGGAAGUGUGAUUUGCUCCGAGAUCGGCGAAGAGUUAAUGUUGCAUUAACACGAGCUAAGCACAAGUUGAUAGCGGUAGGAUGCGCCGAAAGUAUGCGUACGAUAGAUAUCAUGAGUAGGGUAAUUGAUAGUGUAAAGGUGGUCAAGUUAUAA